UUCAAAAACCGUUGGAGCCAAAAUUACUUUCAAAUUUCAUCCUUCACAUGAAAUGAUCUCUCCGAGUCUAUUUUAGCUUAUCUCACCAUGAACGAGAUGACCCUCUAGCCACACAUUCCUCAGUCCAACUUAGAGAAUUCUAAGAUGGGGUGCUUUCUUGGCUGUUUUGGCUUUUCUUCCAAGAGAAAACGCAGAAAACCUGCCAAUAGAGUUCAACCUGGAGACCAUGGAUUUGGUAGCUAUGAACCUCUGGAUUCAACUUCUACGGUUCUUGAUAUAACAGGGGAGCCCAUAAACUCAGACUCUGAGCUCAGCAAAAAGCAGAAGGAGCCAUUGAACUACAAAAUUAGAAAGAAAGUCAGCUUUAACUUGAAUGUGCAGAGUUAUGAGCCGAUUCCAAAAGAAGAAAGUACAAAUAAUUUCUGGGAAAGUGAGGAAGAGGAAAAGAAAGUAGAAAUUAGCAAAGAAACUGCAAAAGAAGGAAAAUCUCCGUCUCUUUCUGAUGGCGAUUCGAUAGUAACAAAAAUGGCAUCUUAUCCAUCAAAUUAUAGAUAUCGAAACUGCAUUAACAGCUAUGAUGAAGAGGAUGAAAUAGCAUAUAAGGAAAGUGACUUGGACGAUGACGAGGAGGAAGAUGAUGAUUUUGAUGAUGAUGAUGGUAGUGGCCGCGAUAUUGAUGAUAUAAGAAUAAGCCAAGAAGAGUUUUCUGAGAAAUUCAUGUCUUUAUCAGUAAGUUCAAAUAAGAGAGAUUCUUUGACUGAGUUUGCUGAGGAAAAUUCCGAAAAUCUGAAACCCAUUGGCGAUUUGAAUGAGGGAGGAUUGAAAUCGCUUGGGAUGAACCGAAAUGCUAGAGCUAGGAGUCAGUAUGUUCAUUCUGUGCUGAACCCAGUAGAAAAUCUCAGCCAGUGGAAAGCAGUGAAGGCUAAAGGAAUGCCACCAGUGAAGCGUCAGAGAAAGGAGAAUGUAGCAGCAUUAGAGCAACAAGCACAGAAACCCACACCUCUGAUGCAAGAAACUGCGGUUGAUAGCAGUCUCUCAAACUGGUUAUUUUCUGCUGAUUCUUGUCAGUCCAGAGCCACAUCCAUUACCAAGAGUAGACAGGAGACUAUACCAUCAAAGAAAAGCUCAUUUGAUGAUAUGCCCAUUUUAGAUAUCACCAAUUUGGAGGCUGGACAGCAAAUCAAAAUGUUCAAAUCCUUUAUACAACACAUUGAUAUGGAUUGAGGCUAAGACUAAAUUCAUAGAACAGAUAAGAAGUGAAAACAGCUGUUGUCACAGGAAGUUUGAGUGAAUCUGUGAAUAAAAAAUGCAUCAGAAGUUGCUCUUGUUAUUUUCUGUAGGGGCAAGUGUGAAACAAUUUGCAGUGUUGUUGUUUGUCUUUCUUCUGAUUCUUUGAUCCACUAAUUCUGAUUGGUUUCAGAAGAAUAAUGUUGUUGGGUAGUUCUGUUGUGUUCAGGAAGUAGGUUUGAUUUUCUUCUUUU